GUGCAAGUUGUCUGGGAGUCUCUGGGUAUUUUGCACCGUCGAUCCUGCUCUUGUAAAUAUAAGAGUGUGGAUUUCGCUGAUGGCAAGUCCUAAUACCUCGAUGCAGUAUGAAGGAGUUCCUGUCAGAGAAUAUCUGGAGAGGAUACACUUGCGUUUUGCUUUGAUCGAAUCGGAUGACCAGCUACAGAAAUUCACAGACAAAUACCUCAUUCAACUCAUCGAAAUCGCUGGCUUGGAGUCAACGACUGUUGGGAAGGUCCGCGAGAUUCUAAGUCAGUAUAAUCGACGGGUGAAGUCCAACGCCGCCAUAGUCUAUCCAAUCAAGGAGCUUCUAGCCUUGGUCAAGGAUAAAGGACUUGUUGCUGCUAAUCUAUCCCUGGUAUAUUUGCGAUAUGCUAGUGCAAAUCUCCAGCAAGAACAACAGAUUGAUCUCUUACCGCUUCUCUUUGAUACGCUUUCUGCUAAAGCUCACGACUACAACCAAAAUGUUGAACUGUUAUCUCUUUGCGUGCCGGGCUUCUUGAGUCUUGCGCAAAAGGACCAACAUACCUGGCCAAAGUUUGAACUCUCGGCGGAACUGAAAACUCUGCUAUUGCGGUUCUUUUAUUGCAUUAUGGCUUUCGAUGUGAACUCAACUGAAGACAUUGAACAAACUUGUGCUCUGAUAAAAGAUGCGAAGAAGGUUUUCACUUAUGGAAUGAGUGCGGAAGAGUUCGUCAUGGUAGCAGAAAAAGUGAUGAAUAGGAAAUUUAGUUUUGUGCAGAUCAAAUUGGCGGUGAUAAAGCUACUCAUUUCGGGUAUUUUCGAGGACCAAGCUGUUUUCUCUAUUCUGGCGUUGGGAACAGCGCAGAGCAUAGAGGCGGUAAGCGAUGCUGCUGAAUCGGCCAUGAAGAAAAUGGAUAUUAACAUUUCUGUGGAUAAUCGUGUUGUUGUUGAUGAGCUUAUGGCAAGCUACCUUGGCAUCAUAACACCUACUAAACCAGUGAUUGGCAACGUGAAAAUUGUUUCUCCUGUUUGUGCACCAAUGAAGCAAAAGAUUCUACAAUACCUUACCCGAUCAAAUGUUGCUCCGGUAGCUUAUAUGAAUAAUAUGAAGGUAUGCUUGGAGGGACUCACUCAUACUUCGCGACCUGAAUCAAAGCUGCUCAUAGCUGCCAUGAACUUCCUGGUAAAAGUCAUAGAAAAUAUGCCUGCCGCAGCUCAGAAGAAUUUUGGUCCCUUGCUUUUUGACAGAGUUCAGAAAAUACAAGAUUCUGAAGUUAAGAAUGGUGUUGCUCUGUCACUCAUGUAUCGAUGUCUUGGCAUACUUGGGAAAAGAGAUUCUGCCAUACUCACUGGGCAGGCUGACAUCAUAGGACGUACAUUCAAAAGUAUUGCGGAGAGUCCAGAUGAUGUAGCUUAUGCUGUUGUCGAUUGUCUCACACAAUGGUUGGAUGGUUUCCGGAAAUUGAAAGACGCGGAGCUGAUGGAGAAGUUGAAGACGUUGAUUCAAGAAUUCAUCACACAUCAAAAUCCCAAAUGUCGUCUUAUUGCCUUGAAGUAUAUGGAGGCUUUCCUAACUUCCAACGAAAUGGGUUUGAGAUGGACACUGUUGCAAGCUUGCGGAGACACUCGAGAUGAAAUUCGUGGAGAAGCUAACCGCUUAUUGGAUAUCUCCCUGCAGGCAGAUGUCUCGCCUGAACAAGUUGUUUCGUAUCUGUGGGAUCGCCUUAAAUAUGACAUAUUUGAUCUAGAGGCAGGAAAAGAAAAGUCCUCUUCUUCUGACAGUGUGACACCUGCUGUGCAUCAAAUGUGCUCUCGUUAUUUGUGGGCAGUUAUGGGUCGAUCUGUUGGCGUUCAAAUUGACACCAAAACUACUGACUCUGGUUUGGAAUGGUUAGACGUGUCACCGAAAAUAACUCGUCAACUGCAGCAAUUGAGCACUAGUACACAGGAGAAGAUGACAGCUAUCGCAUUGAAAGCCUUGAAUAACGCUCACGAUGUUCAUCCUUUUCACGUCGCCACUUGCUUCUCGACUAUAUGCUCACCAAGUAUUCCCAUGCCAUCAGCGGUAACUGCAUGUAUACAGCGUGCUAAAGGCACAACUCGGUCGGAGCUGGCGAAUGUCGCAUCUCAUCUGGCAGUUUCGCUCAUGAGUGAGAAGGAGAAAGAGGAGAUGCUGCCGUCAGUGCUUUCGGCGUUGGAAAAGCCUAAUGUUACGGCUGGAGAUUGUUGGCUGGCAAGCGCUUUCGUCAUAACUUGCCCCACAUCUACAGCUACUACAUUGUCAACAAUGAAUAAACUAUUAAAUAUCGCCGAAGAAGGUUACAAUAAGCCUAAUAAUGUGUUGGAAUCAGCUCUGGGUGCACUUUCCAAUAUACUGCGUAGAAUUUUGACAAAGGAUGAGAAGUUUGAACUGUCUGAAGAAGAUCUCGGUCGCGUGCUAGUUGUUUGCGAGAAGAUUGCAGUUUCGAGGAAGGAUGCUGUAUCGACAAAAGCACACGAAGAGUCGACUCGGGCCAUAGGAUUUUGUGCCACUACCAUGGACGAUGGACUCUACGAGAAGUUGACAUCUUCUUUAUACUCAAUUGGAAGUGGUCCUCCACAGCCUGAAGUGCAACUUGUUGUUGGAUCUGCCUUAUUUGAUGUUGCCCUUGGACCGUAUACAUCUUCACGGCGCAAUCUUUAUUUGGUAGCUGAGGAUGACGUCAAACUCCCUUCUCUACCCAGCGACGUUCAGCAGAAGUGUGAAGAUCGUUUGAGCCGUAUAUUGUCCAAAAUCUUCGAGAAACUUCCUUCCACAAAUCAUCAUGAACGAAGAUCUGCACUUGUUUGGUUGUUCGUUAUAGUAAGAAAAAGUUCUAAAGCCAAAGCUGCUGUUUUGCACGGGAUGUUGGAUAGAAUCCAGUCAGCUUUUGGGAUGGGACUAUCAGAAACAGAUGACUUCAUCCAAGAUAUUGCUUCAAACGGAGUAGGGUUAAUCUACGAAUUAGCAACGGCUGAGCAGCGCAAAGCCUUGGUGAAUGAUCUUAUGUGCAAUAUAUCUGAAGGGAAACCGUUUGCGGCUGUCAAACUCGACUCAAAUUCUGUUGUUUUUGGCAAGGAACAAAACAUCACUGGCCCAGAUGGACAGCAGUUGAGCACAUACAAGGAAUUAUGCUCGUUAGCUACAGAUCUCAAUCAGCCUGAUCUUGUUUACAAAUUCAUGAAUCUCGCAAGACACAACUCUGUGUGGAACACUAAAAAGGGUGCUGCACUUGGAUUUGCGGCUUUGCUUGAAGAAGCGCGCAGCGAACUUGAUCCAUAUAUCAGUCAGCUUGUGCCAAAGUUAUUUAGGUAUCGAUAUGAUCCAGAUCUCAGAGUGAGGCAAUCUAUGCGUUCAAUAUGGUCUGUUCUCACAUCAUCUAGACGAGGAAUUGUUGAUGAAUUUGCCGAUGAAAUAGCAAAAGAGCUACAGAAGCAGCUCACGAGUGCAGAAUGGCGUGUGAGAGAAUCCUCAUGCCUUGCUCUCUCUGAUCUGGUUCAAAGCAAUGAUACACCGUACAUUCGAUCUAUCGUUGCUGAGUUAGUCUUGACCGUAUUUCGUCUUCGCGAUGACAUAAAGGAAUCUGUUCGCCAAGCCGCUAAUCGUGCAAUAGCGAGCCUUGGAAAGUUAGUUGUUCGGCUGUCCUCCGAGACAUCUAAAGGUCAUGAUCCUCAUGCAUUUCUUGACUCUUUCCUUCCGGUGCUUAUUCAGAAUGGUAUACAUUCGGACACAAAAAUCAACAAGCAGUUCAGCAUUUCUCUACUUUUGGAGCUGGCUAAGAAGGCCGGAACACAAUUGCGUCCGUAUUUGCCCGAGCUGAUUCCGUCUCUCAUCGACGCUAUAAGUGAUACUGAACCAGCAAUAUUGAAUUAUGUUGCUGCUCGCUCAAGUCUUGCUGAGCUAGAAAUGCUAGACGAUGCACGAGCCCAAAUCGCGCGCACGUCGCCAAUCAUGACAGCCAUUCAUGACCUCAUUCCUCAGAUUGAUAGCAAUGUUCUGAUUGGUGUUCAACCUCGCUUGUGCGAGCAGCUCCGUUCGAGUGCAGGUGCCAGCACGAGAACAGCAUGUGCUCAACUGUUGACAGUAAUGGCAUUGAGAGCGCCGCAGCUGCUUAUGGACCACCCCGCUCAAUGCGACAAAUUUUUUAAUGCACUCAUUGCUGGAACCAGGGAUCGGAACCCAUCUGUGAGAAAGCAUUUCGCCAGUGCCGUUUCAUAUUUAGCAAAAUAUGCUUCUUCGACUUCCUUUGGCGCUUUGAUGAAAGCUCUCUCGAAAGAUUUGUUAGGAGAGGACGAAGCUAUGAAACAGUCUGCUAAAUAUGUUCUCAAAAGCUUGUCAGCAAAUUGUCCGGAAUUACUAGAAGGCUACUCCAAACUAGUUGUGCCCUGUAUUUUCCUAGAAAAGUGCCAGCCAGUUAUCCGCGGAGACGAAGCGUCCAAAAAGCGCAAUGAGGAAUGGUGUGAACUUUGGAAUGAAUUAGUGCCUAGUACGGAAGCAGCUGUUCGCCUUUACCGUCAAGAAAUACUGACGUUUGUACUGGAUAUUCUCCAGAAUAAUGACGUCUGGUCUGUCAGAGCGCAAGCAGCUAGAAUGCUUACGGAGACGAUGGAAUGCCUCAAGGAUAGAGUAGAAGGGAAAGAUGCAGCCGCAUUGCUCUCCUCUUUGAUGCCGCUGCUAUCUGGUCGCCUCUGGACUGGUAAAGAACAUCUUGUGAAAGCACUCGCUACUGUGUUUGCGAGUGCUGGUGACUCUCUGGGCAAUUGUUGGAGUGAAAAGGAGCUGGAGGAGGCGUUCACUACUUUGAAGAGCCAAGCCUCUAAAAAGAGAAAGGACUACGCAGCAGCCGGCUUAUUAGCAUGUGGCACUUUCGCCCAAAGCAUGUCCUACUCAGCAGCAGCAGACUGGUUAUUUGAGAAAGUAGAGGAAAACGUCAAAAAGGCUUUGCAUCCGAGUGAUGAUGAGGAACAAUCGGGGGAUGAAGAAAGCCCGGUUUCUAAGGAAUCAAGAAUAGCAGAAUUCAUUGGUCAGAACAUGACAGCUCUCACCAAGGGUAUUGGUGCCUAUCAUGAAGUGAAGGAAUCCACAACAGCUAUAGAUCAUCUUUGCUCAUAUCUAACGUCGCAGACGAUCUUCUGGAAGGCAAAACAGGCGCUGGUAGUCGGUCUUCUAGAACUUGUUGAAAGCUGGAAGCUUCUAUCAAGCAUAGACUGCACGAAGCUGGUUGAAGCUUUGUUGACUAUGGCUAGUGAGAUGCUCGAACAGCAAAGAAAAUCCAUUGCGAUGCAGUGUCUUUCUGUUGUGUCUAAGAUCGCUCAACGCCCAGACAAUUUCACCAUACGAUGGACUGAAAUAAGAACGAAAUGGGCGAGAAGUCGUGUGGUUCUAGAGACUGGCUUUUUUGACGAUCUCGCAAAUUUGAAGUUGGAAGGCUUUACCGAAAUUCAAUAAUGAGUGCUUGACUAUCAAUAGCGGUCCGAGAAUUUUUUGUAGAGCGUUAGCGACAGGAUUUCCUUUCUCACAAGGGGCGUGGCCAGUUCGAAUUUUCGAAGAAUGUCGAGAAUAUUUGCUUCUCCUACUAGUAGAAACAAACGCACAGUUUUAUACCUAUUAGGCUGCUUGUUGUUUGAAAUUUCGCGACCCAUUUAUCCACUUUCUCGGUCCGUCACUGGUGAGUGAUGUGCUCAAAUAUGCACUGCUUUUUUAAUUGCUCUUGUCAGGUGUUCACUACGGAUAAUAGAACGAAGUGUAAUCAACUAAUAUAUGAUGUAU